AUGCUGGGAGCUAUUAUUUUUGACGUAUCACCGGCCGCUCUGGGGGCCGUCAUCUCAGACGUCGCGACCAGCGCCACGCCGCUCUAUCUGGGCGGGGACUUCACCGCCACCUGGUCGUACGCGAGCGACGAUGGCGAGCCGACCACCACGGGGGACCUGCGGGUGUACGAGAUCUCGCUGGAGCCCUGCGCCGCUGCGGGAGAAUGCGAGUGCGACAGCGAGGGCAAUCCUCUGGCCAUAUCAUUGUGCGACGACGCUGGUACUACUACUACGUUCGGGUGCGUAGACAGCGACGGCAGUUACGACCUGACGGUGCCCUCGACGGCGGAGCCGGGCGUGUACCUCGUGAGGGUGAGCCUCAAGGACGACCCCAGCGCCGUGUUUGCGUGCACCUUUGGCUUCAGCGUCGAGCAGGAGGAGGAGGAGGUGGAGCCCGACCUUUCGGUCACAUCAUCAUCGGGUGAUCAUGGUUCAUGGAUAGAGGUCUUCGAGGUUGCUAGCGUUGCUCCGGGGGAAGCGGUCACGGCGAAGUGGCUCUACCGCGACGGCUCGGAGGGGGACGACGAGGACGAUGGGGAGGGUGCCGUUGGUUCCCCUGGGAGCUUCGCCGUGGACCUCCACUCGUGCGAUGGCGAAGCUUGCGCUAACGGCAGGUGA